AACAAACAGAAAGAAAACUCAAGAUUGCCAAACAAUGGUGAAACACAUAAGCGAAAAGCCUGCUGCCGAGAGAACCGAAUCGAAGUUCAAGGGCGUUCGCAAGCGGAAAUGGGGGAAAUGGGUAUCGGAAAUCAGACUGCCAAACAGCAGGGAAAGGAUUUGGUUGGGAUCUUACGACUCAGCCGAGAAAGCAGCCCGCGCUUUCGACGCCGCUCUUUUUUGUCUACGCGGCCGUUCCGCCAAAUUCAAUUUCCCCGAUAACCCACCCGAGAUUGCCGGCGGCAGGUCUUUGACGCGGCCCCAAAUCCAAGCCGCCGCAGCCCGGUUCGCUAAAUCAGAAUCUCCGAUCGGGUUAUCGGAGGAAUCCAACACUCAAACGGAAUCCCCAUCGCCGUCGGUCUCGGACACAGAGUUGCCCAUGGACGAGUCGUUUCGGGAUCUCAUGACAACCGGGUCAAGCAAUUUCGGGUACAUAUUCCCAGAAUUCGAUGAUUUCUCAAGUGGUUUUCUCGGAUCAUCGUUGCCCAGCAUCGGAUAUGAAGAGGAGAAUUUUGAUGGGAUCUUUGUUCCAGAAUCUUUUCUUUGGGAUUUCUGAAAACGGGUCGACCUGGGCAUUUUAGUAUCCAGAGUUGGAUCCGGAUAUUUGGCGGGUCUAAUUUUGUACAGCCCAGCCUUUUUGCUCAUUCAUAGAAAGAUCAAAUCAUUACUA